AUGAAUGAUCUUAAAGGCCUGGUCGCAAUCGUGACCGGCUGUUCUUCAGGAAUUGGCCUGGCAAGCUCACAACAUUUUACCGAACUGGGAGCUUCGGUCUUUGGCGUUGACCUGAACCAGCCCCCUGAGGCUCUUGCAGCGCAGGCUAAUUUUGCUUUUGGCUCCUUCGACCUCCUCGAGCCGUCGGCACCUCAGGAUAUCGUCGAAGCGUGCGUCAAGAGGUUUGGCCGAGUCGACAUCUUGCUCAACAUUGCCGGUGCUCGAGACAAUUUUGCAGGGCUGGAGAAGGUGGAUCCCGAAACCUGGAACCGUGUUAUGACAGUCAACGUGACAGUCCCUGCAUUACUGUCCAAAUAUGCUGUGGCUGAGUUCAAGAAGCAAAAGAGUCCGGGGAGUAUUGUCAAUGUGUCGAGCAAGGCUGGCUUGAGCGGCGCCAUAGCGGGCACGGCAUAUACUGCUAGCAAACAUGCAAUUAUCGGCCUGACCAAGAACGUCGCAUGGCGCUAUCGCAAUGAUGGCAUCAGAUGCAAUGCCAUCUGUCCAGGCGGUGAGAAGCCUUGA